AUGGGAGACUGGUCCAUUCUCGGUCGCUUCUUGACAGAGCUGCAGAACCACUCCACAGUGAUCGGAAAGAUCUGGCUCACAAUGCUGCUGAUUUUCCGCAUCCUGCUGGUGACGCUAGUGGGUGAUGCAGUCUACAGCGACGAGCAGUCCAAGUUCACCUGCAACACUCUGCAGCCGGGCUGCAGUAACGUCUGCUACGACGCCUUCGCCCCCGUCUCGCACCUGCGCUUCUGGGUGCUGCAGAUUGUUCUGGUCUCAACGCCGUCCAUCCUUUAUGUCAUCUAUGUGCUCAACAAGAUCACUACGGAUGAGAAGCUGGAGAGGGACAUGGAGAGGGCCUUGGCUGAGCGUUCCCUUACAGAUGGAGAGGAGCCAAAUGCCAAAACGCCUGCUUUGGGCUCCUGCCAUGAGGAGGCUUGGGAUAUGAAGGAAGAGGAGUUUGGGGAGCAGGACAUACGAAAGGAAGAUGUCCAGGAGGUGGGCAAGGAUCCUACUGAGCUCUCCCGCAAGGUGUUGCUGAUCUACAUCGUCCAUGUGGUGCUGCGCUCCAUCAUGGAGGUGGGCUUCCUGGUGGGCCAGUGCUACUUAUUUGGCUUCAAAGUUCCCCAUCUGUUUCGCUGCGAGAGCUAUCCUUGUCCCAACCGGACUGACUGCUUUGUGUCACGCGCCACAGAGAAGACUAUCUUCCUCAACUUUAUGUUCAGCAUCAGCCUGGGCUGCUUCGUCCUCAAUGUGGCCGAGCUUCACUACUUGGGUUGGGUCUAUGUCCUCCGCGUGCUCUGCUCCGCCUGCCUUACCUGCUGCCGGCCGGAACGGGCACCCGCGGAGUUCGCCAGCCGUCAGGUUGACCGAGGGCCACUGCUUCUGCGCCUCCGGCACUCCCUCCAGGGGCGGGUGGUUCUACAGACCCCUUUUCCCCUACCUCAUGGGCAAACCGCUCCUCUGCCUACCCAUGCCCCAGCCAUCUCCUUUCAAACUGCCUCCACUGUGGAGUGCACCUCCAAGAGGUGCUGCAGUGAGGUGGAGAGGACCCACGCCACUCUGACUGACAUGGCCGUGCUCGGUCAAAGCAAAAAAUCCUGGCUCUGA